AUGGUCACCAAAGGCAUCAUCGAACCAAUUUCAAGCGCUUUCGUCAACAUUGUCAAUGCGGAUUAUGUCGCCAAGCAAAGAGGCCUUAGGAUCGUUGAGGAGAGAAUUUUCCUUGACGGUUCACUUGAGAUCCCCCUAGACUCCAUCCAGGUCCACCUCGCCAAUGUGGAGUCCAAGUUUGCCGGAGCCUUAUCUGAUGCAGGUGGCAUCAGAGUGGAGGGCAAGGUUAGGGAUGGCACGCCGCAUCUCACGCUCGUCGGGUCUUUGAGCGUUGAUGUUAGCCUUGAGGGCAACCUAAUACUGUGCCGCCAAGUUGAUCAGCCAGGCAUCAUUGGGAAAGUGGGGUCAAUCUUGGGAAAGAUGAACGUUAAUGUGAGUUUUAUGAGUGUUGGUAGGACUGCUCCAGGGAAGCAGGCGAUAAUGGCCAUUGGUGUUGAUGAGGAGCCUGAGAAGGAAGCUCUCAAAUUGAUUGCUGACACACCGUCUGUUGAGGAGUUUGUCUUUCUUAAGCUAUAG